AUGGAUUCAGCCAGUGAAGUCACUUUGCUGUCCAGCAUUUCAGUUCCAGAAGGCCUGACAGACUGGCUACCACCAGUAAAAGUUCUAUGUGCCCAUGGGACAUCUGAGGAAUUUGACUGUGUCUGGCUUCCUGGUACUGUGAGGGGACAAAUGAUGCAAGUAGUGUGUCAGGAAUCAGCAUUUAGCGUGUUUCUCUCCUUGGCAUUCUGGGCAAUGAUCUGUGGGAUGAGGAGUGAUAUGAACUUGUUGCAGGAAUGUAAUGAAGAUCCUGAAUAUGAAGAGUUACUGAAUAUUGCUAAACAUGGAUUGCCUUCUACUAAGACGCUUCAUCAAAAAUACAUUGUUAUUGUUGGUGCAGGAAUGUCUGGACUUUCUGCGGCUAAAACUUUACUAAACGCCGGCCACAGAGUGACUGUAUUAGAAGCCAGUAACCGUGUGGGCGGCCGUGUGCUAACAUACAGAGACCCAGAGGGCUGGUAUGCAGAGCUGGGAGCCAUGCGUCUGCCCAUAACACACAGGAUUGUGCGUGAAUAUAUUCAGCAGUUUGGUUUGAAACUGAACCCUUUUAUUGUAUCAGAUGACGACAAUUUUUAUUUUUUCAACAAUAUAAGAAAAACAUACAAGGACGUUGAGAAGACACCAAACCUGUUUGGAUUCCAACUGACAUCUGAGGAAGAAGGAAAAUCUGUUGAUGAUCUGUAUUCUGGGUCAGUAGCCAAGUUUCUGAAAAAAAUUAGUGCCAGGUAUUGCUCUGAAAUGUGGAAGAAAUUUGACAAAGCUUCUGAACAGUCUUUCCUGGAGAAUGAAUUAGGUUUGAGCACAGGAGCUGUUGAAAUGCUUGGACACUACAUGAAUUUGAAUAGUCAAUUAUAUAUCUCCUUCAUGGAGUCACUGAUGGACGCCGCUGUAUUUAACACUACCAGGUUUGAUGAGAUCACUGGUGGCUUUGAUCAGUUGCCUGUGGCCUUUGCCCGCCGUCUUGGAAGUGCAAUCAAGUAUAAUUCCACUGUAGUUAAAGUCAUGAGGAGGCAGAAAUCUGUGAUUGUCCAGUACCGCAAAGAUGAGUCCUCAGUUCUCACCAGCAUAGCAGCAGACUAUGUCAUCAUCACCUCCACUGCAAAAGCCACCAGGCUCAUGGAGUUCAGCCCUCCACUGAGUAAUGAGAAGUACAAUGCAUUGAGUUUUGUUCACUAUACAAGUGCAACAAAGAUUUUCCUAAAAUGCAACGAGAGAUUCUGGGAGAAGGAUGGCAUAGUGGGUGGCAAAAGUGUUACUGAUCGCCCAUCUCGGUACAUCUACUAUCCAAGUCAUAAUUUUGCCAAAGGUAUAGGUGUUCUCCUCGCAUCCUACACCAUUACAGAUGAUUCAAUGCUCUUCGCAGGACUCAGUGAUGAAGACUGUGUGGAUGUGGUUCUGGAAGACUUGGCUGUCAUCCACAGGAGACCAAAGGAGGAGCUCAGAAAACUCUGCCCAAAAUCAGUGGUGAAGAAGUGGAGUCUGGAUCCAUAUUCUCUGGGGGCAUUUGCUUUCUUUACCCCUUACCAGUUUGGUAACAUGUAUGAAGCAUUAUCUCAACCUGAAGGCAGAAUAUAUUUUGCAGGAGAACACACAUCUUCUCCUCAUGCCUGGAUAGACACUGCCAUAAAAAGUGGUCUGAAAGUGGCAAGAGACAUCCACAGGGAUGCCAGUAUGUUUCUCCAUAAAUAAUCCUGUGCCCGCACAGACACACACACACACACACACACACACACACACACACACACACACACACACACACACACACACACUUGAAUAAAUAAUAUAUAGGUACCCAGUGUCUCUUCAGCCCCCCCUUACUCUCCAAACUCCCCAGUGUCUUCCCAGCCAGUCCAUUUCUGUUUCUCCUUCUAGCCCCCUUCUAUCUCUCCAGCCCCCCAGUGCCUCUACAGCUCCAGCCAGCUCCUUUCUGUUUCUUCAGCUCUACUGUAAAAACAGAAAAGGAGGCAGCGCUAAAGAAAUAGGAUGGAUGUCUGUAAAAGUGCACACAAUUUAAUCAGUAUAAAAUACAAACACAUAUAUCACAGAACAUUGAAAAAAAUGUUAAAAAGUCACCCAAAUUUUAUGCAUUCACAAGUGUGCCAAUUCUGAUGCUGGAAAUAACAUGAAUGAAAGUGGACGAUUCUUACUCCUAUAGAACUGACAGCCCAGUCCAAUAUAGCAUGAAUCCGACUGUAUAACACCCGCUGGAGGUUAGUCACAAAGGUAAGUAUUUCCAAGAGGGUCCUUACCAGAGCUCACCUAUAGGUACCUUGAAAAAUCUGCAAGGCUUGGCAGCGAAACGCAUUGGUGGGCCACCCGUCAACCCAAUUUGCUGGAUGCCUUUAUAUGUGCCGUUUCUCAUCUUUGGAUUGGCCAUUGAUACAUAUGCAGAUGAUCUCCUACCACCUGCUUCACUACAGACUGUAGCGUUCAAGACAUCCGUAGCUCUGGUGAGGACCCUCUUGGAAAUACUUACCUUUGCACCUAUUCAUCACUAUCCAUCUAUUUAGCAGCUAUCACUGAUAUUUUGUGGAUUACGGAAUUAACAUCUAGGAUAUAGCUGCAGAUAAGCAUAAGCUUUAAGAGACUUUUAGACACCAUUAGACAACCUUAGUGUGAUCCCCUUUUUAUUGGCAUUGAUUU